UAUACACUGUGAUCAUAAAUUGGUGCUGGACAAUUCGUGAACACUGUACUAGGAAGGGUGCCCUGGAAUGGAAACUGUACUAAUGCGGGAUCCGUUGAGUGUUUCACUUUGAGAUCGACCCCUAAGAGAGGGAAGUUGGCAAUCCACUUUAUGGUAUGAGCAGUGCACUUUCUGUGUCGCUUUGUUUUUUUCCGCAGGAAAUUUGCUUGGUUGGUGGCCGUGCGCACAUGGCUUGUAGUACAACCGGUUAUGGCGGCGUUGUGUGUAUGUCCAUGAGGCAGGCUGCAAGAGCCAUUCUAGCGAAUUGACACUGAACAAGAAACCCGAUGCAAUGGCUGGGGUGUUUGACAUUGAUUUGGACCAGCCUGAGGAAAACGUCUCUGACGAUGAGCUGGAGGAUGCUCAGAUCAGUGAGUACAUGGACCAGUGUAGUGGUUUUGAAUUUGAUAUGGAUGGCUGUGAGAAGUUUGAGAUCUCAGAAGACAGCGUAAACAAGGGAACAGAAAAGCUUCGUCCCGAGUGCUUUGAGCUGCUGCGGGUUUUGGGUAAAGGGGGUUAUGGGAAGGUAUUCCAGGUUCGUAAGGUUGCUGGUGCUGCUUCAGGGAAGAUCUUUGCCAUGAAGGUCUUAAAGAAGGCCAUGAUCGUGCGGAAUGCUAAGGACACAGCGCACACCAAGGCCGAGCGCAACAUCCUGGAGGAGGUGAAGCACCCAUUCAUCGUGGACCUCAUCUACGCCUUCCAGACCGGCGGCAAGCUGUACCUCAUCCUGGAGUACCUCAGCGGUGGAGAGCUAUUUAUGCAGUUGGAAAGGGAAGGGAUAUUCAUGGAGGACACAGCCUGCUUUUAUCUAGCAGAGAUCUCCAUGGCCCUGGGCCACCUGCAUCAGAACGGCAUCAUCUACAGAGACCUGAAACCUGAGAACAUCAUGCUCAACCACCAAGGUCACGUGAAGCUGACAGACUUUGGUCUGUGUAAAGAAUCUAUCCACGACGGCACUGUCACACACACUUUCUGUGGUACCAUAGAGUACAUGGCCCCGGAAAUCCUGAUGAGGAGCGGACACAACCGGGCCGUGGACUGGUGGAGCCUGGGGGCCCUGAUGUACGACAUGAUGACGGGCGCUCCACCGUUCACUGGAGAGAACAGGAAGAAGACCAUUGAUAAAAUCUUAAAGUGCAAAUUGAACCUCCCACCCUACCUCACACAGGAAGCCAGGGACCUGCUAAAAAAGCUGCUUAAAAGAAACGCCUCAUCUCGGCUGGGGGCGGGGCCAGGAGACGCCUCUGAAGUGCAGACCCACCUCUUCUUCAGACACGUUAACUGGGUGGAUCUCCUUGCCCGGAAAGUAGAACCUCCAUUCAAACCCUUUCUGCAAUCCGCCGAAGACGUGAGCCAGUUUGACUCUAAAUUCACCAGCCAGACCCCCGUGGACAGUCCUGAUGACACUACCCUCAGUGAAAGUGCUAAUCAAGUCUUCCUGGGCUUUACGUACGUAGCUCCGUCUGUGUUGGAAAAUGUUAAGGAGAAAUUCCAGUUUGAGCCAAAAAUUUGGUCACCUAGACGUUUUUUGGGAAGUCCAAGGACACCAAUCAGUCCAGGUAAAUUUGCGCGAGCGGAUUGCUGGCCACGCGGCCCUACGCUGGCCAGAGCCCCGCCCCUUCAGCCCCCCGCGGAGCAGGCCAUGGAGGUGACCCCCGCGGAGAUGACGGAUGUUACGGCCAGCUCGGAGGUCACCGCCCCCCUGCCCAUCAGGCAGCCCGGUGCCGGACCCUUUAAAACGCAGGCGUACCCCAUGAUGUCCAAACGGCCUAAGCACCUCCGGAUGAACCUAUGACCUUAAACUAAGCCACGCCUUUUCAUUUCCCUUUUGGGGUAAAACUGUUCACAUUUAAUGCCUCCCCUGCCAUUUCACCCCACCCCACCCCUCCUUAACUCACCACAUCACAGACUCCUCUGGCCCACACUGCCCCUUGUUCUCCAGUUCCAGAGCUCGCUGCACUUCUCUGAGCCCCAGAACCUGGCUGCCCUGACCCUCUCUGAGCCCCAGAACCUGGCUGCCCUGACCCUCUCUGAGCCCCAGAACCUCGCUGCUCUGACCCUCUCUGAGCCCCAGAACCUGGCUGCCCUGACCCUCGCUGCGGUCUUGAAUCUCAGCCAGGCUGCUCCAGACACCUCGCCUCAGACAGCAUUCAUGGGAGGACCUGCUCUGGAUUCCUUUACGUUUCCUUGUGUGAUAAAAAAAAUCAUUUAACACAAUUUGCUCAACCAUGCCGACUCUAAAACAUGGUGCUCUUUGUCAGGUGAUCAAAUCCUGUUAAGGAAUUGCUUCUGUGGAAUGCUUGAAAAUACGACAGUAUUACUCUGGAUGCAGAACUGUUCCUGUUGAAUGAAAUGACUAAUCACUUCUCAUUAAACAGCUAGCAGAGAAUAUCAGUUGGGACUCAUGGGUGACCUAACAAGUCUUAACCUGCUUGGAGUGUUUUGCUGGGGUAAUGCCACCCAGAUGCGCUAAUAUGAGUUCAUAUGUGGCAGACGAGUAAAAAACAAAAAUAUAAAAAUGGCCGUUUUAUAUACCCCUUUGCAGAGGUCAUGCAGAAUUUUGAAUAAUGUAAAAAAACCAGUGCUCUUCCCUGAAAUGAGAACCGUGUCUCUGGCUAGUAGCUAAUUGAUCUGAGUAAGUCUUUCAGUUGCAUGGUGCUGUUCCACACAGCUUGUUUUUCAACACUUGCUAUGCUAAAGACAGUUAAUCAGAUUUCUGUCGUCGUAUUUCAGAAUCAUAAAUAUGCACAAAGCAUGGAAUGCAGAGUGCUGUUUCUCGUUUCGCUGCCUGUGCUUCCUUUAGAACAUCAGACAGGUAACCUGCACUUUCCAGCAAGCUGACCAUCUACAUAUGUCUUAUAUGUCUCCUCCAGACAAUUUUAAAAAACCUGUUUAUUCAGCCAUUAAUGAGUUGCUAUUUCAAUGAUUUGUUUUAAUAUAGAUUUUGCUGCUCAGCCACAGUGGAUCUGAAGGAUCCUGUUUGUGGUCUAUUUGUGUCCUUUAGCAGGCUAACUUGUGGUUUAGCAUGUUUAUUCAUGUCCUUUAGCAGGCUAACUCAUGCUUUAGCAUGUUUAUUCAUGUCCUUUAGCAGGCUAACUCAUGCUUUAGCAUGUUUAUUCAUGUCCUUUAGCAGGCUAACUCAUGCUUUAGCAUGUUUAUUCAUGUCCUUUAGCAGGCUAACUCAUGCUUUAGCAUGUUUAUUCAUGUGCUUUAGCAAGCUAACUCAUGCUUUAGCAUGUUUAUUCAUGUCCUUUAGCAGGCUAACUCAUGCUUUAGCAUGUUUAUUCAUGUCCUUUAGCAGGCUAACUUGUGCUUUAGCAUGUUUAUUCAUGUCCUUUAGCAAGCUAACUCGUGCUUUAGCAUGUUUAUUCAUGUGCUUUAGCAGGCUAACUCAUGCUUUAGCAUGUUUAUUCAUGUACUUUAGCAGGCUAACUCAUGCUUUAGCAUGUUUAUUCAUGUCCUUUAGCAGGCUAACUCGUGCUUUAUUAGGUUUAAUUGUCACUAUUACAGUGUUUCUCUACUUGGCACUGACGAAUGAGGAGUGGCAUUUUAAUCAGUUAGUAAACGAGUUCCAGCACUGUGGACAGUACAGUACUGAAACUCAUGGGAGUUGCCGAUGAGUUCAAAUGAGAUCUUAGGAGCUUUUAUUUAAAAGUCUCAUUUGUGUAAUGAUCACAUAAUUAAUAGUAAUAAUCAUAAUUAUGAAGAGCUUCAACCAAAUCCUUAAACCUGCCUUAAAUACUUUAUUUGGAGUCCUUUCAUAUUAUCUGCUGCUACCAAAUGCUGUUUGUAUUUCUCAUAUUAACCUGUACAUUUAUGUUUUUCUGUGCUUGUCGAGCCAUUGAGCACCACCGGGACGCGGAUGUUUGUGGCUGUUUGCCAAAGAAUGGGGCCAUAGUGGAACUUAAUCGCAAAUUAAGAAAUGAAAGGACUGGAAUUUGCUUUCACAAUACUCAAAACACAUUCCAGCAUUACCAUUAAAAAUGAUAACAGAGGCUAAAAUGGUGGAUGAGUUUCUUAACACCCACUGUACUUUUGGAAAGUCUGUGCACAAACUUGGAAGCAUUCCUCUUUAGCAAGAUCUUAGUACUUAAAACAUGGAACACAAGUUGGUUUCCUGACCAGUAUGCUAAUUUGGUGAAUGGUCUGUUCUUUUUUCUUUUUUUAUGCACUUAGACUUUUGUGAGUGAUUUUGCUUCAUUUCCACAUCUCUUUUGUUUGCUGGUAUUAUUCAUUUGGCUGCUUUUUAAUUUAUUAAAUGGAAUCCUCAAAUUGAGACUAAAUUGCUUUGGAGUAAAUAAAAUUGAUAUGGAUAUUGUGUUAUGAGAAAUGUUUGCAAAUGAAAUGCUAUGAAAAAUGUUAGCAAAAUCUGUAUAGUGCUGAAAGAUAUGAGUGUUUUACAAGGGAAUAAGUCCGUUAUGGUCAAGGAAGAGCAGCGGAUGCGCGUUGCAUUUUGAGUGCUUACACUCUGGCAGUUGACAAUGACUGUGUGCUUUCCCAAAAUAUAGGGGACUAUUGAAUUAAACAAAGUUCAUUUAAAGUUUGCAUUUCACAAUGAACUUCACAUUGGAGAGGAUGGCCAAACCUGGCUUCAGCUGAAAUGACCCCUGAUUUUGAAACUGUGCUAUGGAUCCGCCAACAGUGGCAGUAUUUCUGUUUGGACUUGUGCUGGGCGACCUUGACUCUAUCACCAGAGCGCAUCGACAACAUCACAGCCCCUUUGCAGUGUGCCUAGACAGAAUUAGACUUAUUAGUUUGUUGUGGGAAUGAAGCAAAGAAAAGAGGACUUGGACCAUGAAUGCCCAAAUUAAGUGGCAUCCUCACAUUAAGACUCUGCUGCUGAGUUAAAUUUACCUGUAUGCAUUACAACAUUUCAGAGUUGCUUCAAAUUUGUAAAUCUGAUCACUUCCAUUUUCAAGACCUUUAAAAAAAAAAAAAAUAAAAAAAAAAAUAUAUAUAUAUAUAUAUAUAUAUAUAUAUUCAAUGCUAAUAUAAUUAUAUAUCCUUUAGGAAGUGCUUCCAGUGUCCCAGUCUGAACAGGCCCUAGGAGGGCGGCAGUGAUUUCACCCCACCACUUCACUCCAUCACCACUCUUUCCUGAUGGAAGCACGCUGUGGAUUUAACUUACCAGAACUACUCUCUAAUGCACAUUUGCUUCUGAAUUUGCUGUGGUUCCCGGUAAAAUAGUCUGAGAACCUGAGUGUAAUACACCAGUGACCUUAUAUAAUUACCACAGCCUUUAAACUGUACGUAAUACUUCAUAACUGAGUCACAUGGUUUUUAUUUUCUUUCAGCAAAGAUUAUAAUGUUCCAAGUGCGCUCUCUGCUUUCUGCGUCCAGAACACUAUGCAAAUUAUUUGUCCGUAUUCGCACAGCUGAACAUUACUUGCUUAGCUAUAGCAGUAUUUCAUUUCCUUGAAAUUGAAGCAUUUGUAUGAUGUUCGAUUUUUUGUUCUUCAGGUAGAAAAUAUAUUCCAAAUAACUUCAGAGAAAUAACUUGAGAAAUUAGAGAAAAUAUCAACCAGUGUAUUACAUUUUUUUCCCCAAAUUGUACAGUCUUUGACCUACAUACAUGACAUUACAUAGGCUAACAAAUGAAUCUCUUGCAAUUUUGGAUCCUUUAGACCUUUAUUUUUUGGAACAUGUAAAAUUGGAUUGUCUGAUUCUGUAAUGGAACAUUGUAUACAUGCUUGAUAAAAAUGAUACAAAAAUA